AUGUCAUUAAAAAAACAACCCAGAAGAUUUAUUAACUGUUCAGAACCGCAGUCAUCUUUAGCAUCUCCUUUCAGCGGCCCAACGACACCUAUAAAAAACCCCGCAUUCUCACUAAGUCUUAAACAUGCAGCAGGACGCCGAUCAUCAAGUGUAGAAAAAUUACCUAGAGUCCAAAAUCUAUCACAAAAAUUAUCGUUUAGCUCAGUGGCAGCAAGUUCGAAAGCUCAUAUAAAUAGUGCUUCUGAAGCCAUCAACUCCAGCUACAACAAAGAAUUUUUGCUCAUUGAUGAUAAGGUUAGAAAUUUCUGUAAUUCCGAAAAUAAUGAAAACACCAGCAAAAGAAUAAGAUUUCAAAUAGAGAUCUUAGAAGAGAUAAUGAAGCUACCUUCUGGGAUUUCAGAUUUCCUCAGAGUCAUACAAUAUACUCUCCAUGAUGCUCUUACUCCCGUCACCUCCGUAAGCGAACAAAACUUUCAACAAACAAAAAUUUUUUAUGAAAAAAUAAUUGGCAUAUAUAGGUUAUAUUAGUAUAACGAAAUCUCUAGCUAAUUCUGUUAAUUUUAAACAGCUUGCAUUUUAAAACAUAAAUUUUACAAAUUAAAUCAAUAUUUGCUUUUUACUUUUUGCAAAUUGGGAUUUUUUUUAAUUUCGAAAAAAAAAAUUAUCCCCUUUUCUUGAGAGAAAAAAAUUUUUUGGUCGCUCACGGAGGGGGGAACUAGCGAAAUAGAAUCAAAUAAAUGGAAAAAAAAAUAUGACGGUAAAGCAAAGCAAGUUGUUUCUCUGAUUAAUGAAAAAAUAGUUUUAAAUGAAAAAAUCGAAGAUUUAAUAAAAGAAAACACAAUUUUGAAAACAAAAUUUGAAGAACUUAAAUUAAAAAAUGUUAAAACAAUGGAAGCUUUUGGUAAAUGCAAAGAAAGCCCACAGUAUAAGCUUAUUGAAGAGCUUCACGAAAAAAACAAAAAAAUAAAAGAAAUCAAAUGGGAUGUAAGUCACUAUAAAUUAAGAGAGUCAAAAAUCAUUAUGAUGCUUCAAGAGUUGCGGAGCAGAGGCUUAGAAACUGGAAGCAUUAUGAAGAAAUAUAAUAUUUCUUUUGGAAGUGAAUCAGAAAGCAUGAUUUAUAGCAAUUUAGAACACAAUACCAACUCAACGUUUUCUUCAGCGACCCUGGCUUAUUUUCAAGAAUUUUUAUUAUAA